AUGACGGAAAUGGACGCCCCUCUCGCCACCCCGUGUAAUAUCCAGAUUUGUGAGGUGACCUGCGACUCCUUCCGCAUCAUGUGGGACAUGAGCCCCGAGGACAGCGCCCGAGCCACGCACUUCUUCAUCGACCUGAGCCGCAAAGAGAGCAGAGACCCCAACCGCUUCAAACACAGGGAUGUGCCAACCAAGCUGGUGGCCAAGGCGGUGCCUCUCCCCAUGGCGGUGAGGGGACAUUGGUUCCUCAGCCCACGGACGGAGUACUGCGUCGCUGUCCAGACGGCUGUCCGACAGCCAGACGGAGACUACCUGGUGUCGGAGUGGAGCCAGGUGGUGGAGUUCUGCACCGGGGACUACGCCAUGGAACACCUACAGCAGCUCCUCGACAAGGCCACGGGCUCAGCAGUGAGGCUGCUGAAAUUCUCUGUGUUUUAUCGCAACCAGCACCCAGACUACUUCGACUAUGUCAGAAGGGAAUGCGGAGGCCUGAUGCGUCCGGCCCUGAAAGACAUCAGCGGGAGUCACGGCUCUCCGAUCAACGGCAAACUGCAAGGCGUCUUCUUCAGCUGCAACACAGAGUUCGAUACAGGCCUCCCUCCCCAGGACUCCCCCUACGGCCCGCUGCGUUUCCAGAUCCCCGCCGGACACCUGCUGAACCCCAACAUCUCGCUGUACUUCGCGGACUUCUACUGUAUGUACACAGCGUACCACUACGUGGUGCUGGUGCUGGCUCCCGUCGGCUCAGAGGGAGAUAACUUUUGUCGCACUCGGCUGCCAAUGCUGGACUUGGCGUCCAACCCCUUCCUGACGUACACGGCGCCGCAGACACCGGGGGAGGAGCCUCGGUACUGCCACGCCAGCGACGUCAUCCUGGAGGUGCUUUUCACAGAGCCGGUUCCUUUGGAUCAGGGCCUCGUGGAGCCGAUCCGAGGCCACCACCAGCUCAUGAGCCUGACCACAGCCAACGCCAAGAAAGACCCGAGCUGCAAAGUGUGCAAUAUCAGCGUGGGUCGCUGA